GUCAUCGCUUCACCCUCUUUGCGUUGUCUGGGGGCUUACCUCUGUCCUUCACACUCUUUCCUUCUUCAAAGUUUUUCUCUUUGUUCUCUCACUAUAAACUCUCUCUGUAGAUUUAUCGAAGCUCAAACUCUUUCCUCUGUCUCCUUCUCUCAGCUGUUAAAGAUGAAGAAAACAUCAAGCAGAAGCCAAAGAGGGAGCAGAGGUAUCAAAGGGAAGCAUGUCCUGCAGAUAUGUGUUCUGCUUGGAGUUUGCAUUUGGUUAAUCUACCAAGCGAAGUAUUCUCAUGAUAAGAAGAAGGAAUUCUAUGAGACUGAUGACAAGAAGUUGUCGGAGAAGGAAGAUGGAUUGGUGAAGCUUGGGAGAAAAGAUCUUCUUCCCGGUUAUCAUAAGAAUGAGGAGGAGAAGCAUGUGGAAGAAGAGGAAGAUGAAGAAGAGAAAGAGAGCAAGAUUAAAGUAGAGAAUGGUACUCAUGAGGAAGAAGAAGAAGAAGUAGCUGAGGAGGAUGAAGAAGAUAAGAGCAAGCUAGGAGAGGAAGUAGCUGAAGAGGAUGAGGAAGAGAACAAACACGAGGAAGAUGAUAUCGAUGAACAAGAUCAAAGCAAAACGGCUGAGGAUGCUGAUAAGGAUGAUGAAUCGCUUGAAGAAGAGAAGGAAAAAGAGACUGAUCAUCCAGAUGAGGUUGAUAUGACAGUUGAUGAGGCGCGAGAGGAGCAUUACAAGGCUGAUGAUGCUUCCAGUGCGGUGUCUCAUGAGUCUCGGAUACUGAACACUGAGAAGCUUAAAGAAAGCUCUGAUAAUUCAACAGGAACAGUUCAGGAGAACAAUGCCAACGCCACUGUAAGCGAGGCUGAGGUUCAGAAGGAACCUGUCUUGAAGUUAGGAGAAGCCUUUGUGGAUAAAACAACCACAGAAGUGAAAGAUGGUGACAAUGAACCAUCCAGAGGUGAAGCAACAGUUAAUGGGAAUUCAACAGAAGCAGUUCUUGAAGCUUCAGGGUUUCUGCAGAAUGAAACAAGAAUCAUGCAAGAACGGAGUCAAGAAGAUGGUUCACCUCCUUCUGAGUUACAGACCGUCAUCAAACUUGAGCAGACCCGUAAUGAGUCUGAUCCCAACAUCACUGUUUCUGCAAACGUUACCAACAUAGAUCCCAUUCAAGAUGAGUCCAGGAACUCGACUUCAGAUUCUUCUUUAAUUGAAAACAUCUCAGGCUCGAACACAACUGAAGUGAAGGAGAAUACAAGGUCUGAAGGUAGUGAUGAUGAAACAGGUGAAUAUAAGGAAAGUUCAAACCAGUUCUCCACAGAGCAAAAGGAGGAAGUAGAUGAUACUCCUGAAAGCACAAUGUUGCAAGAAGAGAGAGAAGCUCUCACUGAUCCACAAACUCUGCCGGAUAUAAGAAUUGAAGGGAAUGAAGACGAUCAAGAAGAAGAAGCCAUCUCAACAGAGUAAAAUGAAGCUGGAUAAGUUAUGUCUAUGGAGUUUUCUGCUUUUGUAGCUAUGUCUAGUAAAAGCUUAAAUGUAUGCCUGUCUCUGUUGGUUCCCCAAAACUGUAUAUUAAUCUUCAACUUUGGCUAUGGAUUUGCUUUCACUAGUCUUCAGGAAAACUAAGUUCAAUAUUUAA